UUCUACUUAAAAAAGAAAGUGUCCUAAUUACGGGGAUUAAAUUGAGGCAGACGCGGUGGUUGGUGUAAAGACAUUAAUAUCCUUUUAUCACUCUCAACAACUCUACGCUCUUGUCCUUUAUAAUCCACAUCGUAUGCCGUAAUUCGGAUUGAUCACAUGUGAUAUUUUCAUCUUCACGCAUUUGGGACGGAAAUGGGCUCCACACUGGGUCCCAACUGUAAUACAAUCUUGCCCUUUCGAUUCAUGGACCAUAGAGCUAAAGUCUACCCACUAUACGGUAGAGUCACCACCGCAGGAUCAUUUCCUCCCAAACAUACACGCACAGAGGAAGAAAAAAAAAAAGGAAAGAAAUAUUGAAAUAUUCACUCAGUACAGAGACAAAAGAAAAAAAGGAAAGACGCGUCGUGCCAGGCUGGCUCUGUCCACCAUUGCUGGGUCCCACACUUGACCCAUAAUAAAAAGAGAACAAAUCACAUUGAAUUUACAAAUUUAACCUUCUCUCUUCCCUCUUAUUCUUCUUCUUCUUCUUCUUCUUCUAACCAACACCGACACACACACCGCCACUAUGCCACCAACGUAUCGCAGUCUGUUUGUUGUGCUUCUAUUCUUGAUCACUAAUGGCAGCUCCACCGACCUCCCUUUUUUCAGAGAAGCGCCGGCAUUUCGAAACGGCCGAGAAUGCUCCAAACCCAGAUGGUCCUCGGCCGACAAGAAAUCUCAUUCCCACCCUUCAAUCAUCCACAUAGCCAUGACACUCGACACCGUCUAUCUUCGAGGCUCCGUCGCCGGCGUGCUUUCCGUUCUCCAGCACGCUUCUUGUCCCGAGAAUGUUGUGUUCCAUUUCAUCGCUACCCAACGCCGUAGCCCAGAGCUGCGUCGUAUCAUUUCCACUACCUUCCCUUACCUCGACUUCCAUCUUUACCUCUUCGAUCCCAACCUCGUCAAGGGCAAGAUCUCCUCCUCCAUACGCAGAGCUCUCGAUCAGCCAUUGAACUAUGCCAGGAUCUACCUCGCCGAUCUCUUGCCCGCCACCGUUCGUCGCAUUAUCUACUUCGAUUCCGAUCUCGUCGUAAUAGAUGACGUGGCGAAACUGUGGAGUAUCAACCUGGGUACACAUGUCCUGGGUGCUCCCGAGUACUGGCACGCCAACUUCACCAACUACUUCACUCCUAAAUUCUGGUCGAACGCGGCUUUUGCGGCCUCCUUUAAGGGGAGGAGGCCGUGUUAUUUUAACACGGGGGUGAUGGUNNNGUACUGGAUGAGGAUUCAAAAGAGGAUCAGGAUUUACGAGCUGGGAUCGCUGCCUCCGUUUCUUCUGGUAUUCGCCGGCGAUGUUGAGAGGGUGGAACACAGGUGGAACCAGCACGGUCUCGGUGGGGAUAACCUGGAAGGGCGGUGCAGAGAUCUGCACCCAGGACCCGUGAGCUUGCUUCACUGGAGCGGAAAGGGGAAGCCAUGGCUGAGGAUCGACUCCAAGAAACCGUGCCCGUUAGAUUCCUUGUGGGCCCCAUACGAUCUCUACCGACACCCUUCUCUGUUUUCGGAUGGCUGAUGAGUCGAGAGAGUCCAUCGCGAUUCCUAGAGGUCCUAUCUCCGACGGAACCGAGAAACAAUAGAAACGCGCCGGAGGAAGACGAAGAGGAUAGAGGCGGAAAGGAAGAGUCGGGGGAGCUGUGAUGUGAACUGUUAUGGCAAGGAAGGGGGGGAAAGGAAAGUGACGGUGGAUGACAGUUACAAUGAAGUAUGAUUGACGGCUGUGAUUGCGGAUGACCGCGUUUUGAAAUAUGAUUGGUUGCAUGGGUAAAGAUGUUCCGGAUUGGAAUAAAAAGUAUGGAUGAGAGUAGGUGGUGGUAAUUGAAGAAUUUGAAAAUCUCCAGAAAAAGGUGGUAUUAUUAUUACACACAGUAAAAAGUAGACGGUAUGGUGGCACGUGGCCAGAUGUUUCCCACUUUAUUCAAUUCUUAAUUUGGGUUGUCUCCAGAUCACAUUUCAUAGAAUCUAGAUAGUGUGACACAGUGUAAAAUGUACAGAUGGAUUUGUACGUACAUGAAUCUGUAUGUCUUACGUAUUACAUUAAAUUUAUUACUUUAUUUCCUGUAAAAAUUGAAAGAAAGAAAAAGAAAACAAAGGUAUAAGAAUAGCCCAUAUAUAUUCUUUUA